GUGGUGCGAACAUCUUCCGACACAUCAGCGACCGGCAUCACCAACACCAUCGGCAAGCAGCGAUGUCUCACUCCGUGCUCCUCCUCUGCCUCCUGGGACUGCUCGCCCUCAACGUCGCCUUCUCCUCCGCCUGCUACAUCCAGAACUGUCCUAGGGGGGGCAAGAGAGCCUUGGCCGAGACUGGACUCAGACAGUGCAUGUCAUGUGGUCCUGGUGAGAGAGGGCGCUGCUUCGGCCCCAAUAUCUGCUGUGUGGAGGGCUUUGGUUGCCUACUGGGCUCCCCAGAAACAUCUCAUUGUUUGGAGGAAAACUACCUGCUCACCCCCUGUCAGACCGGGGGGCGAGCCUGUGGAUCCGAAGGUGGUCACUGCGCCGCUUCGGGCCUCUGCUGCACCUCUGAGAGCUGUGCAGUAGACUCCUCCUGCCUGGGAGAGGCUGAGCCUCAAGAUCAGGCCCAAACCUCUGCAGGGAGCUCACCUGCAGAGCUGCUGCUGCGCCUGCUGCAUGUGGCCACCAGGGGGCAGACUGAAUACUAACGCUGUAUUCCUCAGUACAAGUUUCGUUAUUCCACUAUAUGCCUUUUGCCCUCAUAUACAUCACUCAUAACAAUGUAUAUCCCUAAAUAGUGGCUUCUCCUUUAAUAUACUUAGAGUAGUACUUGAAAUAAAAACCUGUCGCUCUCUGCAGUUUACAAGACAAACACCAUCAGCCACUAUUUGUGAAAUAUAUAAUAUUUUUAUGUAUUUCAUUUAGCAUUCACAUUGAUGGAGAACCAUGGAGAAUCAUUUUAUUCCAACACGCCUCAGGAUUGAGGUAACUGUAAAUAAAUAAGUUCAACUCCAUGUGAUAAUAAAGUAGUCCAAAUGUGACUGUAUGGUGACAUUGAAUAAAACAAUACAGACUAUAUCACGUUCAUGAAAA